AUGGUGACCACUCUCUCCGAAUCGCACGUCAAUUCGUUGAAUCUCGAAGACUCUGAUUACUACGAGUUGUCAAAAUACGACAAUCUGAUUGCAACAAAAGCCCCACCACUUCUACCACCCAAAGGGAAAUAUACAUCAACACGAUCCCCGACACCACCACCCAAAGGAAAAUUAACAUCAACCCAAACUUCACCACCACCAAUGGGGACGGUAGCAUCAAAAAACAAUGAACCUCCAUCACUACCCAGAGAAACAUCAUUAUCAACAUCAACAGGAUCUACACCAACACCACCACCCUGGGGAGAAUCAUUCUCAUCAUCAACACAAUCUGCAAUGCCACCACCCACACGAAAAUCUACACCAACACGACACCCACUACUACUUAGAGGAAAGUCGACACCAACACCUACAGAACCAUCACCGCCAAUUCCCACGGGACAGUUAGCAUUAACACAACUGCCCCCACCCCUACCACCUAAAAGAAAGUCGACCUCAACCCAAUACCCACUACCACAAGAAGGAAAGUCGACACCAACACUAACAGAACCAUCGUCAACACUUCCUACAGGACAAUCAACAUUAACAGGAACCCCACCACCUCUUCCGCCUAAAAAAAAGUCGACAUUAACAGAGAACCCAGUACCACAAGAAGGAAAGUCGAUACCAACACCAAAAGAAGCAUCAUCAUCACUUCUCACGGGACAAUCAACAUUAACAGAAAUUCCACCGCCCUUACCACCUAAAGGAAAGUCGACAUCAAUGCUGAAAAAAUCUUUACCAUUAUUACCCACGGAGCAAUCAACGACACUGACCCCACCAUUACUACUGCAGAAAGAUAAAUCAACAUCAAGCCCAUCUCUAUCACCACCCAUGAGAGAGUCGGCAUCGACACAGUCCACGUCACUAACAUCCACGGGACAGUCAUCAUCAAUAAAAUUCCCACAACUACCCAGAGGAGAAUCAUUAUCAACAUCAAUACAAUCCCAACCAUUGCUGCCCACAAGACGAUCGACAUUAAAGCAGUUCUCCCCAUCAUUGUCACCCAAAGAUAAGUCAGCAUUAUUAGACAGAUGGGAAACCUUACAAUGGCCAGCAACGGACAAUGUCGAUGAAGCAAGCAGACUAAGUGCCUCUGAGAAUGACCUUUGUAGGAUUAAAAACGGUAAGGUGCUUGAACAAGGAAUUGCGCUUGGUGUAAAAAUGUUCUCGUUUUUAGGGUAG